AUUCUAUUACGGUGGAUGUGAAACGGCAAGCGGAGACGAGGCAAAAUACAGGCUAAAACAAACCUGCGAAAACACCUUCCUGGAUUAUAUUACAGGUUAUUUCACUCGCUUUACUUGGAGCUCAGUCCGCCUGUUUGCACUUGUUCCACGAGACUUGAGCGCCUUCAGUGAAUGUUUUUUUUCUUGUGUUGGUUGAAAAGUUAAUAAGCCGGGUGAAUGUAUAGCAUGAUGAUGGAAACGGACCUCCACUCCCCUGGUCCCCAAACGAACACGAAUUCGGGGCAAACAGGGACAAACGCCGGGAGCAAAAAUAACCAAGAGCGCGUUAAAAGACCCAUGAACGCGUUCAUGGUUUGGUCCCGGGGCCAACGACGCAAGAUGGCCCAAGAAAAUCCUAAAAUGCACAACUCUGAGAUCAGCAAAAGACUCGGAGCCGAGUGGAAGGUGAUGUCAGAGGCAGAGAAACGGCCCUUCAUCGACGAAGCGAAGCGGUUACGAGCCAUGCACAUGAAAGAGCACCCGGAUUAUAAGUACAGACCCAGGCGAAAGACCAAAACGCUGCUCAAAAAGGACAAGUACUCUUUGGCUGGCGGGCUACUUGGUGGAGCAGGUGGCGGUGGAGGCGUGGGUCUCGGCGUCGGGAUGAAUUCGGCAGGGGUUGGACAGAGGCUGGAAAGUCCGGGGGGACAUGGCGGCGGUGCCAGCGCCGGCUAUGCCCACAUGAACGGCUGGGCAAACGGUGCGUAUUCUGGACAGGUGGCGGCCGCUGCUGCGGCAGCAGCGAUGAUGCAGGAGGCGCAGCUCGCCUACAGCCAGCACCCAGGCUCCGGAGCCCAUCACCACCAUGCCCACCACCACCACCCGCACAACCCGCAGCCCAUGCACCGCUACGACAUGACGACCCUCCAGUACAGCCCCAUCUCGAACUCCCAGAGCUACAUGAGCGCCUCUCCCUCCGGCUACGGGGGGAUCUCGUACUCUCAGCACCAGAACUCUAGUGUCGCCUCCCCGACUUCAAUCGGUUCGCUGGGAUCACUGGUGAAGUCGGAGCCGAACGUAAGCCCCCCAGUCAGCACGCACUCCAGAGGCCCCUGUCCGGGAGACUUGAGAGAAAUGAUUAGCAUGUAUUUACCGACCGGGGAAUCCGGGGACCCGUCCGUUCAGAGCAGACUCCAUGCUUUGCCGCAGCAUUACCAGAGCACAGCCGCUGGAGUUAAUGGAACCGUCCCUCUGACACAUAUCUAAAAGUAUUUCACACAACUGCAGAACGCAUCCAGAAUCGCGUAACCAAAUAUUUACCUCUUUCUUUUCUAGACGGUCACUGACCUAUCCCUUUUUGUACAGAAUGUUUAUGUUAUUGUAAAUUAAAGGUAGACUUAAUAUUGUGCGAUUGACUUUGAGAGAAAAAAAAUGAAGAAAUUAAACGAUGAUAUGGCUUUUCUUUUGUGGAAUAUUGUUUGAAAAUUCUGUCCACAUUUAAGAAUUCGAGCUCACAUUGCUUAUGGCGAUGUACAGCUAUAUGGGGAAAAUUCGCCCUAUGUUCAGUUCAGUGUUACUUUUCAAAACAAUCUUUUUGAGCGAAAAAAAAAAACAUCCUAACCAGAAAAUAAAAUAGUGUAGGCCAUCCUUUAUGAAUAAUAAUGAGAAGUGUUUUUAAAAGUUUAUAUAAACUGCUUAUUUACCAAAACGUUUGUAAACGUGAAUUAAUGUACUUGCGUUAUUCCCUUUCUGCUGUAAUAUUUCCUGUAAAUUGUGAAUAAGUUUUAAUAUUUUAAAAGGCUGGCACACAAUUGCAGCUGUACAUAAUUUAUGAAAUGCAUUUUGCCAGUUCAAAUAUUGACUUUGCGUUGGAACAUGGUUUAAAUAAAAUUGACAGAUA